UUUCCCCUAGAAUAGGCUACUUCACAGUAGUCGUGCACAGAUUUCUUGCCCUUAAUGUAAGGAUUGGCUACUAAUUGACGUUGAUCAGUAGAUACGUGUAUUCAUUUACUAUACAGAUUAGAGUAUCUGCGCAGAGGUUGCAAUAACUGUAGCCAUUGAACAUGCGGACACUUUAGGAACAGAGAGGCGCAGGAGCGCGUUCCAGACACGGAAAUUCAGUAAAACACAUAGGCUACUCAACGGGGCCUUGACAGACUCUACGGCAUCUGUCAGGGGAAAACCAACGAAAAAAAUAUUUGCAAACAGCACAUCUAAAAAAAAAACCGAGCAAACGAAAACCCCUUCAAACAUUUCAUUUCUGAUCAGUGACACACCACGGAACGAUGGCGGAUUCACACAGCAGAGAAACAGCAGUUGUAGCCCCAGACUCUAGUAGUGAUACCACCGAGGCUGGAGGUGUUGCAGCGCCUGGGGCAGCGACUGAGGCUGCGGGAUCCAAGCCUGGCCUGGAGUCGGUGAAGGGUCAAAAUUUUGACGUUGGUCCCCGUUAUACCGACCUAAUGUACAUCGGGGAAGGGGCUUAUGGAAUGGUCUGCUCAGCCUAUGACAAUGUGAACAAGCUGCGUGUGGCCAUCAAAAAGAUCAGCCCGUUUGAGCACCAGACCUACUGCCAGCGCACUCUGAGGGAGAUCAAGAUCUUGCUGCGGUUCCGCCAUGAGAACAUCAUCGGCAUAAACGACAUCCUGAGAGCCCGGCGCAUCGACAGCAUGAGGGAUGUCUAUAUUGUACAGGAUCUGAUGGAAACAGACCUAUACAAACUGCUGAAGACUCAGCAGCUCAGCAAUGACCACAUCUGCUACUUCCUGUAUCAGAUCUUGAGAGGCCUGAAGUAUAUCCACUCUGCCAACGUUCUCCACAGAGACCUCAAGCCCUCCAAUCUCCUCAUCAACACCACCUGUGACCUCAAGAUUUGUGAUUUUGGGCUGGCACGGAUAGCUGACCCAGAGCACGAUCACACAGGUUUCUUGACGGAGUAUGUGGCCACACGCUGGUACCGUGCCCCUGAAAUCAUGCUGAACUCCAAGGGCUACACCAAGUCUAUUGAUAUCUGGUCAGUGGGUUGCAUUCUGGCUGAGAUGCUCUCCAACAGACCCAUCUUCCCAGGGAAGCACUACCUGGACCAGUUGAACCAUAUACUGGGUACCUUGGGCUCCCCUUCUGAGGAUGACCUGAAAUGCAUCAUCAAUAAGAAAGCCAAGAGCUACCUGCAGUCCCUGCCACAGAAACCCAAGAUCCCCUGGAACAAGCUCUUUCCUAAGGCUGACAGUAAAGCUCUGGAUUUAUUGGAUCGCAUGUUGACCUUCAACCCCAACACGCGCAUCACAGUGGAGGAGGCUUUGGCCCACCCGUACCUGGAGCAGUACUAUGAUCCGACUGAUGAGCCUGUUGCAGAAGAGCCUUUCACAUUCGACAUGGAACUGGAUGACUUGCCCAAGGAGGUGCUGAAGGAACUCAUUUAUGAAGAGACUGCACACUUCCAGGCUAAUUACCAGGGAUCCUGAGGGAUUAUGGGAUUGAAGGAGAUGUGAAGACUUGACAAAGUAAACACACAAGUUUGAAACAACCUUAAGAAAACAAAGUGUACUGUAUACGAAAACAAUGAGAUGUACAAAAAACCAAUUUAUACAUGGUUGAUGAGAGGAAGCCAUGUCUUAAUUUUGGGGCUUGUCUUUGUCAGCUUUAAUUAUACAACAGUUUACGUAUCUGUAUUUUCAUUGAGGGAACUCUCCUUAUUCCAUCCCUCAUACACACAUCUCCCUUUCCUUGCUUUUUGAUCCUCCAUUCCAUGCAAUUUUACAUUAUUAAUGCUGUACCUCAUAGCUCACUGUGUUUCUCAUAUUGCUAUGUCACUCUUCAAUCUCUGUUUAUUGUGCAGGAGAGAGAGAGGGAGGGAGUGAGAGUGAUUGCUAUGGAUUUCUGUAUAUGAAGUCAUACAUUUUUCUUGUGCGCAAUUUUGGAUAUUAUGAACGAUUACCAGUGAAGUGGCUUCUGUGGAUCAUGGCAUUUCUGUUCAGAAUAUUGAAUACUUAAAAUUAAUUUUCUCCACAUUCCGUAUCUCCCCUGCUAACUUCAGCAUAUGUGAUUGUGUUCAUUCUUUUGCUGUAAAUAUUAUUUUUGUGAAAUCUAGGGCUUUAUUGACAAGUUAGAUUUCAUGGUAAUUAAAAUGUAUGGUUUUUGAUUAUGAUAACUGUGGUUGACGCCAGUGGCAAAGUGAAUUCCCUCAGUUCCCUGCCAUCUGUUUAUUCAGUGUCUUGUUCUAUUUGUGAGAUUGUUUUGGAUGGUAUUCUUAAUUGGGAAACUAUGGCAAGUUAGCUCUUCCUAUGACUUUAACUGGGGACCUGUGUGUUAGAUUAGCCCUGACCUGUCUCCCUUUCACCUGUUUCCGAUAUGCUGCAUGUUAUCAGCUCUUUAAGCUGGGCUUUGCUUUAUAUUUGUAAUUUGUUUGUGUGUCUUCACCUUCACAUUCAUGUCUUUCUUCUCCUCCUGAAGCAUCUACAGUGAGCUGUCAGUCCAUCCACCCCCCAGGGGCGCUCCACUGUUUCCAUUACUUUUCGGGUGCAUAUCCAUUAAAUACAUCCACAUCAUUGCCGUCCUCUAUAUGUUACGUUGUCUAUCACUGCAUUUUAUUGUCUCCGUCUUGAUUCUGAAAGGGCUUAUAUAAGGCCUAUGGUGAAUGAAGUCCAUGCCUUAUAAUUAGGUUUGCCUACAUUAGACGGAUAUCUUGUUGACACUUGCCUAUAAAAAUGAAUUGUAUUUUUUAUCCUUGUUAGUUUCUAGAUUAUAUCACAGAAUGGACAACACUUUAAUAUAAAGAACCACUUUGUGUUUAUUGGAUAUGCUUUCAAGCAACAGCAGUGUCGCUGUUCACUUGUCAGUAGCUCAGUGCCACUGCAACUGAAGUGAAAAUGCUUUUUGGAGCAAUUCCUGAUUUUUACAUGCAAGCAUUUAUUUUGUCCAAAUCAGGAAUGUUUGAGCCUGUAUUUAUUGUAACAAAAUGGGGACUGUUAUUGGAAGGUUAUGGCGCUUAAUAUGCUUAAUGCACUCCUAAUGGUGAUCUCGCAGACACGCAGGUUCACCUGACAGCCAGAUUCUGCAUAGACAUCUCUUUCCUACAGCAGCUGGAUAAAUGCAUGUUCCAUGGACAGAUACAUUAUAGGUAAAAUGUCCACUACUGAGGCUUGUUUAACAGAUGUAAAAUCAUAAUGAAUAAACAGGACUAUAAUUUUAAUCUACAUUUAAACACAUCAUAUACUGUACAGGACCCAUAAAUCAACAAAUUAGAAGAAUAUUGUAUUUAUUGCUGUUAUUAAUAUUAUUAUUGUCAUAUUGGUGAUAUUUUGAAUGUUUUUUUUUAUUAUUAAAAGGGAGCUAAAGUUCUACAUUUAGUUUUUUUAAUUUGUGUCUAGUUUUAUUUCUCAAAUCUUUCUUUUUUUCGUUUGGAUGUAAAACUAAGUCCUAUUUCAGGAUAAUCUGUAUUUUUUUUAAUAUUAAAAUGAAUUAUUUAAAAGUAAUUAUAAGGCAUAUCUUAUGCUUAAAUAUUAAUAUUAAAAAGGUCUAAACUGAAAAUGGGUAUUAUGAAUUAAACAAUGCAACAAAGAAUUACAGAAAUAUUAAAUAAAAAAUCCUGUUAUUGUGAAA